GUCAAGGAGUUUUGCUGCCAUGUCUGGGGAAUGUUCUGAAACUGUAAAUGCUGGAAUUAAAAGUCUGUAUUUGACGUCUUCCAUAAAACCAAAACCUAGUUUCUGCAUUGAGAGCAUGCCAUCAGAAAUGCUGAUGAAGAUACUUUCCUAUUUGGAUGCUGUGUCCCUGCUGUCUAUUGGUUGUGUGAAUAAGCGCUUCUAUGAUCUGGCCAAUGAUAAUGGAAUCUGGCUGAAAAUCUAUUCCAGGUGUUUUAAACCGAAAAGGACAAUUUGGACAAUGAAAUCUCAACAGAGAGAAACUAUUUCCUUGGGCUGUGCUGCUCUACGUGAUAGAAAGCCUGGGUACUGGAAGAAAGAAUACAUCUUCAAACAAAUAGCUGCUGUCAAAACUAGAGUAAUGCGACUUGUUAAACCUGUAGAUCCUUAUACGGGUCUUCCAUGUAAAAACAAAGAAGCUAUAAAAGCCUCUGGCUUGAGUUGGAUAAUUGUUCUAAAGGACAAAAAUAGAAAGGAACAUGUAAUGGAGAAGGCAAACCUAUCAUUUAAGGACACAUCUGUUACUGUACUUUGGUAUAGUACAGAUUUGCCGUGCUUAGACAUCCUGUCAACCCUAAAACUAUAUGGAGUUAUGCCAUUGCUUCCUGACCAAAGUGGAGCUCCCAGCAAGAAUGGACCUCGUCUACGGUCCUUAAUUGCUGAGUACCAUCUUGCUAACCUGACUGAAAGUAGUGUCGUAGUUGGUGCUGAUAAACUUGUCCAGCUCUUCAGUCUGAAUCCAGGACUCUUAGUAGGACUUUGGAAGGAGAAAAAUGAAAUUGCUUUUGUUAUGGUGAGUCUUCAUUAUCAUCAACUACUUGAGAGAAGCACUUUGGGUUCUGCUACUGUUCAAUAUGCCCUUGCACCUAAUACACCUGUAUUGGAUGAUGUUGACCCAGAGUAUGGACUGCAUGACUACAUCCUACAUGUUGAUAUGCAUGGUAGAAGCUGCACCUACCUGUGUGGAACAUUCAGGAGCCUCUUCUGCAGAAAAGGUGACAUUGCAAAUGGAUAUUUGAGGCUCCCAGUUGUAAGCUUAAAGGAUCAUAGAAAGCACAUGCCUCUUCCUGGGACACUUGGCUUAUCCUGGGAAACAGAUGUGUUUAAAGGCAAAGUAAAGGAUUGCUACAUGAUGGAUGUUACUCUCUUGGAUGAAACUGGAAAGCCCUUCUGGUGUUUCAGCGCCCCAGUCCAUAUGGAACCAUCUGCCAAGGCAUCCUGCCUUUAUGACUAUAUGGGUCCUAUCUAUACCAUAGACUAUGCAGAUGCAGAGGGUAAAGUCUCUGUUGAGUUGAUAUGGUUGGAAGAAACGAAGGAGUAUAUUAUAGUCAAUUUGGUGCUAUAUAUAAGCACCAAAAAGGUAAAUGACUGGUAUGGAACAAAUUACUGAAUUGCAUCACUAAUUUCCUUGCUUUAAAAAAAAGAAGCAAAAACCAUACUAAACUCUUAAUCCUUAAAAUUGAUAGCAAUGAGCAAGACUGUUCCUACAAGUUUUUCAGUAACAGUUGCAAUGGCAUAAUUUUUUUUUUUAAUUGGUAUUGGAUAGAUUGAAGAGACAUGUUUAUAUAAUUUUUUUUUUUUCCUCUCUGUUGAACAUCACGUGGUUAGUCUGUUUCUAGUACUGGAUGUAUUUAAAUUAUUUUUAGGAAAAGUUUUCUUUUUAUAUACUUGUUACAAUGGUUGAUGGAUUACUUCUUGUGAGAGCCAUACUGUGAAGAUGCUUACCUUAUGUAAACUACACUGUUUUUGAGAACAUUGACUUUUAUGCCUAGUAGUAAAACAGCAUGCAUGCUGUUCCCUUCAGAUUCAUUAGAGGGUUAUUGGUAAAUAAAAGGUUUUGACAUGUUUUGUUUAAAUGCAGAAAUACUUUAUUUUUCAGAAAACACUUCAAUCCUAGUAUAGGAUUUAAAAGGUAGACAGGAAGUCACAGAUCUGAACAAUAUGGCAGUUAAGGCAUUAGUUAAGAAAAUCACAUAUAAUAUCUAUUAGGAAAUGUCUUUAAACUUCUG